CCGAAGUAGAAAGCCGCCUUUAGCGUUAUGGGGAAAAAGAAGAAUAUUUGUGUCGUUAACCUCAGCCAUAUCUAAUAAAGAAGAAGAGAUUUGUGCACCGAAAGCCAUCGUAUCUUGCGUCAAGGGGCAUCAUUCAAUAAUGGGCAACACAACAUCGAGGAGGUGUUCACAACGAAUCGCAAUGGAGCCUAAAAAGACAACCCUGUUCAAGCAGGAGCAGAAGUGCGGGACGACGUACAGAAUCCCGGCUCUCAUCUACCUCACAGAUGAUCAGGCAUACCUAGCUUUUGCGGAAAAGCGCUCUUCCCCCUGUGACAGCGACGCGAAAAUCCUGGUGAUGCGCAGGGGAACACGCCAGAAUGGAUCCAUUCAGUGGUCACCCUCACAGGAACUGCUUUCAGCUGGUCUGCCUGGCCACCGCACAAUGAACCCUUGUCCAGUCUAUGAAAGGAAGUCCAAAACCCUCUUUCUCUUCUUCAUCUGCGUUCAAAACAAGACGACGGAGCACCAUCAGAUCAUAAUGGGCAAGAACGCCGCCAGGCUGUGUUACAUCUCCAGCAAAGACAGUGGCCUGAGCUGGAGUGAAGUGACGGACCUGACAGACAGCGUGAUUGGUAAGAAGGUCAGAAGGUGGGCCACGUUUGCUGUUGGGCCCGGGCAUGGCAUUCAGAUGGAGAGCGGGAGGCUCAUCAUUCCAGCCUACGUCUACUACGUCCACUGCAAGUGCUUUUGCAUUCCUUUGCCCUGCUCUGUUUGGCCGCAUGCCUUCUCCAUCUACAGCGACGACCGGGGCGAGACAUGGCAGCUGGGCCAGAUCAUUCAGAGGAAGUCCUGCGAGUGCCAAAUGGCCGAGAUUAUCGACCACGAAGGCAGGAGCCACUUGUACUGCAAUGCCCGCAACACCCGUGGUCACAGAGUAGAGGCCUUGAGCGAAACCAGUGGAGUGUACUUUGACAAGCCCCGACUGGCCCCAAAGCUGGUGGAACAGCAACACGGCUGCCAAGGUAGCGUGAUAGGCUUUCCUGUGCCAGAGUCCCCCUCAGAGGAUCAAGACGGCGCCAACACGGAUUACUUAAGAUUUCCCUACUCCUCAGACGCACAGACCUGGCUGCUAUAUUCCCACCCCACCAACAGGAGAAGGAGAAUGGACAUGGGGGUGUACCUCAACAGGUCCCCUUUACACACAUCAGGCUGGGAGCACCCCUGGAUCGUUCACCGUGGUCCCAGCGGCUACUCUGACCUGACCCAGUGUGACGGGAAAGAGCAUUUUGCCUGCCUCAUGGAGUGUGGGAAGAGGAGUGAGCUUGAGGAGAUCGCCUUCGUGGAUUUCCGUCUCAGCGAUGUCAUGGAAGCGAUAGAUGAGAAACUGAAGACACCCUAGACUGAUGUAUCAGCACUUUUAGGAAGCCAGUCAGGGACAGCAUUUAUCCUGUCCCUCAGCCAGUGAAAGUGAG